AAUCCCAACUCAAGCCGGAUUCCGGUGGUCUAUCAUAAAGUCAAAAGCCCCAUCAACCCGUCGAUAAUUGAGGAUUUUUGGGAUUAGGGUUUAUAUCUGGUCGGCUCUUCCGCCCUGAGCUCAUUUCCGUCAGUUUGGAAGAAACGAGCUAUCGAAUCAAAUGGGUAAGCUGGAGAAGGAGAAAUCUGAAGCCAUAGACGAAGAAGAAUCAAAUUCCCAACCCGAUUUGAUGCGCAGCGAGGAGGAAAAAGAAGAAAACGAAGAUGCGGACGCUAACGAUGAUCUCAGUUUGAAAAUCGUAGAGAAGGCUAUGUUACGGGCAUGUUCUAGUGUCACCGACGAGGAAGAAUCCGACAUUUUGACAAAUAGCAAGAAGAAGAAGGACAAAAAUAUUGUGACCAAAGAGGAUCCUGUGUCAAGUGGUAUAGACAAGGGUUUCAAAAGCUUCUGCAGCGAUAUGUUCCCGCAGUACAAAGUAAAGGAAGAGCAAAAUGCUGAUACUACUAUAGCUAUGAAUAUUGAUGAUAGUGCAGCUGAAAAGACUCCUGUUGAGGUCCCUGACAAUGCUGUUCUACGUAGGCUUCUUCGGGGCCCUAGGUACUUUGAUGCUCCAGAUAAGAGUUGGGGAACAUGCUAUAAUUGUGGUGAAGAGGGUCAUGCUGCAGUCAACUGUACUUCAGCUAGACGUAAGAAGCCAUGUUUUGUUUGUGGGAGUUUCGAACAUAAUGCUAAACAUUGCACAAAGGGCAAAGCUUGUUUCAUCUGCAAAAAAGGAGGUCAUCGUGCAAGUGAUUGCCCCGAGAGAAGCCAUGGAGGAUCCCAGAGUACUAAAAUAUGUCUAAAAUGUGGGGAUUCUGGCCAUGAUAUGUUUUCAUGCAGGAACAACUAUUAUGCUGAUGAUCUAAAGGAAAUACAAUGCUACAUCUGUAAGAGUUUUGGCCAUCUUUGCUGUGCAAAAUACCCUGAUAGUGGUCCGAGAGAAUUUUCCUGUUACAGAUGUGGUCUACUAGGCCAUACUGGUUUGGCAUGCACGGCAUCUCGUGGGGAGACUAGCGGUACUGGGUCACUUAAUCCCUGUUAUAGGUGUGGUGAAGGAGGACAUUUUGCACGGGAAUGCACUAAUUCCAGUAGAGUCAAUAAGCGAAAUCAUGAAUUAUCAACCCCCAAGAAGAAAGUUCACAAGAAAAGACAAGAGCAAAAUGAGUUCAGGUCUGUACCUCGUGAUUUUGGUAGGGCAUGGAAGAAGAAAGGAAAAAAUGAAGGCGGAUAUACGUCAGGCUAUCAGAUGAAACGAAAGGGUGGUUGGAUCCCGGAUGAUCCGGAAGACUUUCCUCAACCCAAUAAUUGGAGAUCUCCUUCAACUCCUAGAAAUAAGAGAGCUAAGAUUUCUAACUUCAGUAGUGGUGGUCAUGCUUCUGGUUCUCGUUCAUCUAGAAAGUCCAACAGGCUUGACUUUGAUUCUUCAGCUUCUUAUGGGUCAGGCAAAUAUCAUCACCAUAGGUUUUCAGCAUCUGGUGAUUUUGAUAAUUCAGCUUCUUAUGGGUCGGGCAAAUAUCAUCAUCAUAGGUUUUCAGCAUCUCGAUUUGGCAACAGUAGUCACGAUAGGUGGAGGAGGAAUUAUGAUUGGUAGCAGAAACUGUCGUUCAUGUAGUGUAUUUGGUUGGGAGUGUCUCAAAAAGGUUUGAAAACUCGUUUUGGUUCAGAAUUCAGGAAAACUGGUUACAGGAGCUUAUUAAUCUGUCUGGGAAGAUUCGGGGUUUUAGUGUAAGCUGAGAUGAUGAUUGGGACAUGACGCUAAGCUCGAGCUCAACAGAUGUAGACCUACUCAGCUAUUGAGUUGAAGAACAAGUUCUCUCUCAUUUAGCUGUUUGUAAUUUGCUAUCUUUUCGUUCUUACUUGUUCCCGAUACAUCUUGAUUUAAUUGUUAUUCUUCUUUUCGCCUGGAAGGCUUGAAGGCAUGUAACUUCAAAAAGUAAUUUAAGCAAUUGUGUCACUUUUAUCAUAAAAACUCUCUCGCUUUGCCUUCAA